AUGACAAGUCUCAAGAUUGCUGUUGUCGGCCUUGGUCGAAUGGGCAAGCGACACGUUCACACAUUGCUUUACCGAGUUCCACGCGCGCAAAUUGUAGCCGUGUGCAGCUCUGAGCCUUCCGAAGUCGAAUGGGCCAAACAGAACGAGGAGUACCGCGAUUUCAAAGUUGCUGUUUACGACAAAUACGAUGACAUGCUCAAUCAUCCCGGGCUGCAAGCGGUCUGGGUCUCAAGUAGCACAGAUGCUCAUGCGCCUCAUACUCUAGGGGCCAUAGAAAAGGGGCUUCAUGUGCUCUGUGAGAAGCCGUUAGGUCACAAUCUCGAAGAGGCCCAGUCUGUUGUCGACACUGCCAAAAAACAUCCCGAGCUCAAAGUAAUGGCAGGCUUCUCGCGACGCUUCGAUGCCUCGUACCGUGAUGCGGCUUCCAAGAUCUUCGAUGGCCAGGCUGUCGGUAGCCCGUUCAUUGUUCGCUCUAAUACUUGCGAUCUUCUUGACGAUACUGGAUUUUUUGUGCGAUAUGCUGCUCGAAACGGCGGGAUAUUUGUCGACUGUGCGAUCCAUGAUAUCGACCUGUCGCUUUGGUAUUUGGGAAAUCCCGUUCCAAAGGCAUGCUGGGCCGCCGGCACCCUUCAACAUCAUCCUGAACUCGAGGCGCUCUCCGACGUGGAUAAUGCGGUCGGAAUGGUCGAAUACUGGGGUGGAAAGAUUGCGUACUUCUAUUGCUCGCGCACUCAAGCCCACGGCCAUGACGUGUGUACCGAGAUUACAGGAACACAUGGUAAGGUCAUGGUCAAUGUGAUGCCGAAGAGCAAUAAUGUUGUGUUUGCCGAUAAACUUGGUAUGAGGAACGAGGUCCAGCCCGAAUACUGGCAACGAUUCGAAGAUGCAUUUGCCACAGAGGCAAACGAAUUCACGCGGUCAAUUUUGAGAAAUGAACCGGUUCCCUUGCCUCUGGAAACAGGAAUCAAGGUGAUGCAAAUCGGCCGUGCGUUGCAGGAUGCUCUGUUGUCUGGCGAGGUGGUGCGAUUCAACGAAAAUGCACAACUACGCAUCCGCGAAACUAGGAAAUAUGCUUCCAAGACAGUGCAGGCUGAGGAUCCAGACCUGCAACAGGUGUUUGACACAUCGUGCCCACCAUCAGGCGUGCCUCGCAGCUCCCAAACGGAACCCGACCACCAACCUCGCAAUGCCGGUCCGGCGAUAGGUGAUUCAUUAGCAGCAAAGAAGGCCAGUGUUGCUGAGCCUAUCUUAGGAAAUGAUGUCUUCCAAGAAAGUGUGCCCUCUAGUGGGCAAUCUAUUUCGCCCACUCCAGUGGAUUUACAUGUUCCUAUAGCAACCCCAUCAACGGGUGUUGAGCACCACGGUAUUCUAUCGAAUGCCAGCUUUAAUGAAAGUGUAGGAAGGUCUAUCGAUGGCAGCAACUCAGAUGUGUUUAGCUGCUCGACACCGUCAGUCACUACAAUUUCUCAGAAACCAACACCGAUUUUCCCUGUUCAACCGUUAAAAAACAUCCAAGAAGCUUGUCUUCUGAGGUUUUGGAUUGAAGAAAUUUCCCCUUGGUUUGAUCUCUGCGACGAAGAAAGGCAUUUCCAGUGUUUGGUCCCGUCCCGAGCACGAAACAGUCCGCCUCUUCUUAAUGCUAUUUUAGCAGUAUCGUCACGACACCUUAGCCGCUUGUUACAAUAUAAGACUCCACGUGGAGUAGAGUAUCAUGGAUUUUUACUCCCGGAUCUGACGACGUCUACCCCGGUCGAGUACAUGCUUCAGUGUAUCCCGGCUUUAUUAGGGUUUCACAACAUUCACGAUAAGGAAGAGCAAGAGAAUAUAAUGGCAGCAGCCGUUAUUUUGCGGCAGUAUGAAGAGCUUGAGGAAGAUGAGAUUGAAAGCGACUCGGAUAUCCACAGAAAUACUGGAAUCCACCCUCACCGUCAAGCUAAUUUCCUGGCCGUCACACAAGCUAUUAUAGAGACCACGGCAUCGACUUCAAUUCCCGGAGGACUCCCCAGCGCCAUUUAUUGGAUGGCCAUAAGGCAAGAAAUAUAUUAUUCUCUGACAAGGGAGCGUUGUCUUCGCAUAGGCCUUGAGCCUGGUGUAUCCCAUGGAUCUUCUGCGGCGAAUGCUUUGAUUAUGCAUGCGGGUAAUGUCACGAAAUGGCGCUGGGGAGAUAAGUCCGAGCACGAAUGGGAAAGUCUCAACAUGCAGCAGCAGCACCUGGCGGAUGAAUACUUGGGAAUGUUUACUCCUUUGCUUGAUCGAAAGGCCGACAAGUCUAAAGGGGAAAUGUUUCCCACGGUUUGGUACAGUUCUGACGCCCAGAUGACUGGCGCCCAGCAUUUUGAACUAGCCCGCAUGAUUAUGAUUGCAGAGAAUCCCAAUUUAGAAUCUAGAAAUGCUCCACAGUAUCGUUCUGCGCACCGUAAAGCCGAGGCGCAAGUUCGCUCAAUCAUUUUCAGGCUGUGCGGCAUUGCCCUCGGUCAUUCAAAAUCACGACCGGCGUUGAUCAAUGCUGCGAUCAGUAUCAUGCUCUAUGGCGAGUACUUCACCGAUCAGUCAGAACGGAGCGCGUUAGUGGGCAUUAUCGACAAACUCAAUAGUAUGCACGCCUGGCCGAUGAAGAAGCCGUAUCAAGUCCUAAAAGCCCGGUGGGAGCUGACUGAUAAUGACGACUAUUAA